UAUUCAGCAAUAGAUCGGAUAAGAUCAAUUGCGCAAAUAACGCGGAAUUUUAAAGCUUUCAUAUACUACCGGUAAUCAAUCAAAGAUGUUUUAUAAGAACGCAUUUCUAAUUGUUAAGUUAAUCGUGCUACUAAGUACGUUACGUCAUAGUGCAGCUUACGGAGUGACACAACAUUGUUAUAAUCCUAAUGGUCGUUUAGGUCGUUGCAUAUCAGUGUACGAAUGUGAAACAAUUUUGAAAAUAUUUGUGCAUCAGCAAGCUGAUGCUUAUGAAUUUGCCCGUAAAUCUGAGUGUGCGAACGGUCAAGGUACUAAACCAUACGUGUGCUGUACUGCUGAUACAGGAUUCACGGACAGAACAGAAUAUCGAGGGCAUCGUGUCAUUUUUCCGAGCAGUGAAGAGGACGAUACCCGGUAUGAAUUUAAGUUACCAGAUGGGUAUGAUCGAAAAUUAACACAAACUGAUCUAUUUCCUAAACAUCCAAACUGCGGACAUGUGACGAUAUCAAAUAAAAUAUACGGUGGCGAAGAAGCCGAACUAACAGAAUUUGCUUGGCUAGCGAAUUUGGAAUACAAAACUCCAAAUGGAAAUUUGGUGUCCGUAUGUGCGGGUAACAUAAUCAAUAAACGUUACAUUUUAACAGCAGCGCAUUGCAUUGUGGGUGCUAUCGAACGCGAAGUUGGUCGAUUGGUAUCAUUACGUGUUGGCGAUCAUUAUACACAAAGUCAUACUGAUUGUAAUCAAUUUCAUUGUAUUGAUCCUUUUCAACGUUUGGGUAUUGAAAAAUAUAAAGUUCAUGAAAACUUUCAAAGUAUAACUAGUGAUGGUAUACGCAAUUAUAAUGAUAUAGCAUUAAUACGCACUAGUCGUGAUAUCCCGUUUAAAGACUCGAUACAACCAGUGUGCUUGCCGGAUGGAGACCUAUUGUCGCCAUUAAAAGCCGGAAUGUCAUUGACUGUAGCUGGCUGGGGUCAUAAUGGUACUGUUAAGUACACUAAUGAGAAACGCAAAGUGGACGUACCGUACGUAGAAAAUCAUAAUUGUCGUUUAAAAGUAAGUGAUUCGCAACUUUGCGCUGGUGGUGUUUAUAUGAAAGAUAGCUGUACCGGCGAUUCAGGUGGUGCUUUAAUGCGUAUCAGUCCGAGCGGUUGGAUUAUAGAAGGCAUUGUUUCAUAUGGCCGAGGUUGCGGAUUAGAACAGCCUGCAGUUUACACACGUGUACGCAAAUACAUCCAAUGGAUACGCGACAAUGUCAGUUCUAAUCCGCAGCAGUCACGACUGCGUUCAGCAUUAUUAGUAUCCGUAAAAUCUCGUGACAAAUCAACAGAGCCCCGACCAGUUAUUGUUUUUCAAAGCGAAGCGAAAACCAUAACAUUUUUCAGGCCAACGCAAGAAUCUGAACGAACCAACAGCAACAAUAAUAAUAAUAUUCGCCGUUGCUUGAAUCCAAAUCGACGCAUUGGUACUUGCGUGGCCAUACAAAAUUGCCAAGUUCUUAUGCAUAGCGACUAUGAUUUCAUAAGAGCUUCACGAUGUGGUGGCGGCUUUGGUACAACUCCAAUGGUUUGCUGCUCAAGUGAUACGGGUUUCACGCAAAAUUUCAUCAAUGAAGUCUACGAUUAUAGCAACGAAUUUAAUCAGAACGAGAUAUAUGAACAACGUCAAGGAUCAUCAGUAAGAGACAAUUAUUGGAUGGAAAGUGCUAGCAUAGAAAAUGCUAUAAGUUUAUUACCAAAACCUCCAACUUGUGGUGGAGAAUUCAUAGACAAUCGUAUCUAUGGUGGACGCAAUGCGGAUCUACAUGAGUUUCCUUGGCUGGCUUUUUUGGAAUAUUCAAAUGCAGAUCCUAAUACGGAUAUGGUAUGUGCGGGAACUUUAAUAAAUCCUCGUUACGUGCUAACGGCUGCCCAUUGUGUGAAAGGCGCAGUUCUCAGGCUGAAAGGAGAAUUAGUGGCAGUACGUCUUGGCGUCCACGAUUAUACACAAAAUAUGCGAUUGACUAACAAUGUAGAGAGGGUAAGAGUAAUGGAAAGGAUUGUGCAUGAAUUGUAUAAAUCUGGUAAAAAUCCUUUGAAUGAUAUUGCACUUCUACGAUUAGAGAAUAAUGUGCGAUAUUCUAAGACCAUAAGACCUAUUUGCAUGCCAUCGGUGUUAAGAGAUUACGCACUCGGAAUGAAUGCCAAUCUAACAGUAAUCGGUUGGGGUGCUACCGAAAAAAAAUCAAGUAGUGCUGUAAAACAAAGUGUCAGCGUACCGUUAUUUGAUCAAAAAUAUUGUCAACAACAAUACGCCACACUAGGAUUGAAUAUUGAAUGGACACAAAUCUGUGCCGGCGGUGAAUUAAAUAAAGACAGUUGCCGUGGGGAUUCGGGUGCGCCACUAAUGCAUAACCAUAACGGUAUUUGGAUUUUACAAGGUGUGGUCUCAUUUGGACGCCGUUGUGGUAACGAAGGUUGGCCCGGAGUGUAUUCACGCAUAUUAUUAUUGAUUACAGUGAUACAUCAAUAUUUGUAUUUAGAAACGACGCAUGUCAAUAAGCUAGAGAUUGAAACUUUUUCAAAAUGUAAAAUUCCGCAUCAAUCGGAAUCUAGUGCUUGUGUUGCAGUGAGCGAUUGUUCACCUUAUUUAGAAGUGCGUAACUCUUCAGAGUUGACUGCGGAGAGAGUGAAUUUUUUGAAAAAUAUUCAAUGUCCUGACUUAAUUGAUGAUUUGGAAUCAACGGUAUGUUGCCCCGUUCAGGGGCAACGGUACCGAGAGCCACUAUUAAAAUUUACUCAACUUGCCCAUCAAAAUCUUAGCGCAAGUACAAAGAAGAAAAAACUUAAACGUCGCAUUUAUGCGAGCGAUCAACUUAAUGCGUGUGGGAAACAAGUGACACAACGUAUUUAUGGCGGUGAAAUCGCUGAACUCAAUGAGUUUCCCUGGUUGGCUUUACUAAUUUACAACACAAAUGAAUUCAGUUGCAGUGGUGUUUUAAUUGAUAGCCGUCAUAUAUUAACAGCCGCUCAUUGCGUUAGCGGUGAAGCCUAUCGCCUGAAAAAGGGACUCAAAUAUGUCCGUUUAGGAGAAUUCAAUGUUGGAACUGAACCGGAUUGUAUUGAGGAAAUCAAUUAUCUAAAUUGUGCUGAUUCCGUUUCCAAUAUUGAAAUCGACCAUAUAUUUGUACAUCCCGAAUAUAAAGAAAAUUCUCGCAAUAAGUUUCAUGACAUAGCUGUCAUUCGCCUAGACGAGGAGGUAACAUUUACUAAUUUUAUAAUGCCCAUAUGUUUGCCUAAUCGAACUGCUGAGCUAUUCGAAUUUGAAGAAGGUCAAAUAUUUUCCGUUUCCGGUUGGGGAAGAACAGAUUUAUUUAACAAAUACUUUACGAACAUACCAAGUCCUAUUAAAUUAAAGUUGCGCAUCCCUUUAGUGUCGCAAGAAAAUUGCUCAAAAAUAAUGCGUCGUUACGGUGUCCAGCUGGGAUCAACACAAUUAUGUGCUGGUGGUGAGUUUGGUAAAGAUACUUGCGCGGGAGAUAGCGGCGGACCGUUGAUGUAUUUCGAUCGCAAACAUUCACGCUGGGUUACCUAUGGUGUCGUCAGUUAUGGCUUUACCCGAUGCGGAGUAGCCGGACAUCCGGCUGUUUAUACUAAAGUGGCUGCUUACUCGGAUUGGAUACACAGUGUAGUUACUGACGCUGGCAACGACAGCAUUAGUUUGUUGAAAGAAAAAUAA